GGGCGUGUCCAGGCGUCAAUGUUUAUGUAGCCCGCUGCCCGUGCCAUCGCACCAAGGACUCUGCAAUGUGAUUUCCACACAGAUUUGCGCUCGUUUGAUUCCAGCUGUUCUUUUGUAGCGGAUGUGCACCAGUUGUGGAUAUGGGGACACAUUAGCAGGUAAAACACGGACGAAAACGAGGAAAAGGCCGAAAUGGCAGGCGCCUUUGGCUUCAAAGGCUGCCAGAAAAUUCGAGGUCCGCAGAUCCGAAAUCUGCUGGAGGCGAAGAACUUCUUCCUGUUCGACUGUGACGGGGUGAUAUGGCACGGGGAGAAGGCGAUCACCGGCGCGGCCAAGGUGGUCAAUUCUCUCAUACGAAACGGGAAAAAUGUGGUGUUCGUCACCAACAACUGCACCAGGCCCCGGGAGAAUUACAUGCACAAGUUCUCCCGGCUGGGCUUCCACGAGGUGAUGCUGGAGCAGAUCUUCAGCUCGUCCUACUGCUCCGCGCUGUACCUGAGAGACGUGGUGAAGGUCCGGGGACAGGUGUUUGUGAUCGGCUGUGAGGGGCUGCGGAGGGAGCUGCAGGAGGAGGGCAUCCCCUGUGUGGAGGAGGCGGACGAGCCGGAGGCCACCAUCUACAACUGCGCUUUGGCCCCGGACGUGAAGGCGGUGCUGGUGGGACAUGACGAUAAACUGACUUUUCUGAAACUGGCUAAAGCCUCGUGCUAUCUGAGGGACCCCGAGUGCCUGUUCCUGGCCACUGACAACGACCCGUGGCAUCCUCUCAGCGGCGGAAGGAUACUGCCAGGUUCUGGGUCCCUCACUGCUGCUAUCGAGGUUGCUUCAGGCCGCAAAGCCACCGUCAUCGGUAAACCCAGCCGCUUCAUGUUUGAGUGCAUCUCCAGCCAGUUCAGCGGUGUGGACCCGGCCCAGUGCCUGAUGGUGGGGGACCGGCUUGAAACGGACAUGCUCUUUGGGUCCAACUGCGGUCUGGACACCAUGCUAACGCUAACCGGGAUCUCACAGAUGGAGGACGCUCAUGAGUACAGCAAAAGUGAGCUGUCCACAAACCACAGCCUGGUGCCGGACUAUGUGGUUGACACUAUUGCUGAUUUCUUACCUGCAUUUGAAGAUGUAGAGGAGAAGGAGGAGGAGAAGGAGGAGGAGGAGAGCAACUGAGCAACUUCAGUGUAGCCUGUCACGAUAAUUACAUAUUGUUCAGUAUUUGAUAGAUUGAUCUACAGCUGCAUAAUUUGGGAAAAAAUAUCUCAUUGUGAUUAUUCAAACACGCGUUGCAAUUCAUGUUUUAAUAAUAGGGCUCUGUUAAAAGUGCACAUUUUAAAAGCAUCCAGAAGAAUUGACAAAAAGACUGACAUAUGAGCUGACAACUAAUACAAAAAUCACAUUUCAGAACAUGUUUGUACAGAUCUAAACUACAGGAUUGGCUGUUUCAUGCAAAAUAAGACCGGAUAUUUAGUUUGUUUAAUUUUGUGGAGGAAAUUAUGGUACUUGAAAAACUGCACCUUUUGUGAUUUGCCAGUUGCGUCAAUUCAAACUGCAAUUAAUCUUGCAGCAGGUCAAAAUAGGUACUUACUCUUUGCUCUAGUGCAGGGGUCUCCAACCUGUAGCUCGCCAAGGGAUUUCUGAAUUAUACGUAUUGUGCUGAAUAAGUAAAAUUUGAUGAAUUACAUUGCAAUUGUAUCAUUUUGAUACCUGAUAUUUUGCACUAACCUCUCUGUUUUGUAAAGCUCACGGGAGAAAAAAGGUUGAUGACCCUUGCUCUAGUGGAAAGGUUUUUUUAUUAAUUUAUUUUUUUGCAAUACAAUGAGAUUUGAGCUGUAGAAGGUUGAAUGAAUAACUUUAUCUGUAAUGAGUCGAAGAUAGUCAUUCUGUAUACCUAAAGUGUCAGACUAAAGUGUUUCUGCUUUUCAUCACAGUAUUGCACAUUCUGAAUCGUUUACUGGGGGGAUAGUACUGAUUAAUGAUGUCAGUAGUAUACAUAGUCUCAAUAUUAUCAUUUAUUGUCUAUAUAUGAACGUCAAUGUUAGGAAGUGUCUGGGGUGAGGGAAGUCUGGGAGUCCCUGCUUCAACUGCUUUGGAAGAUGGAUGAAUAUUAAACUGCCCAUAUUAUGGUAUUUUCUGAUCUAUGUAAUACUGUUGUUUCCUUAUCAAAAUCAUACCUGGAGUUGUGUUUCAUGUGUCAUUUACGUGUUUAAUGCACAAACUCGACAUAUUCUCUCAAAAACAGAAAACACUCUGUUCCACCUUGUGAUGUCAUGUGGUAAUACAGGAAGUGCUCCACUGUGUUUUUAUAAACUCCAUGCACCUUCACUAGGAUCACUUAAAUGAUUUCAACCCUUAAAUUGCAAUCUUUACUGAACAAAAGUUGAAAGGUAGCUGUUAAUUUGAAAACUAUCACUUCAUGACAUCACAAGGUGGACCAGAGCAUUUUGAGCUUUGGAGAUGUAAACGGACUAAUAAUAAACAGUUACUUAAUCAUGUGUGACUGAAACAAAACACAACUCUAGGAAAGUUUUUGAUGAGGUAACAACAUUAUAACAUGGCUUAAACGUCACAAGAGACAAUAUAUCUUACUUCAAAAUGUGUUAUAGUGACAGGCUUACUCCCGUGCACAUACUGCUUCUAAUUACUUUAUGUGCUAUGGUGAGCUUAAGCAGACACAGCCUACUGUAAAUUAUUCUAAAUAACAAGGCAUCGCCUUUGCUGUGACCAACACUGAAGUAGGUCAGAUUCUCCUUGAUUAUAGCCUAAUGCGUACCUCAAUGUUUCUCUAGUGUUGUGCCCAUUUGUGACCUGACAGUCCUUGCUGUGUUUAUAGAAAUAUAUUGCACUUUCUCGUUCAUGCGGUUUGUAGAUCGUGUUUGAAAAGGCGUUACAAGAACACUCAGAAGUAUUUUUGUAAAGUCAGGAGUUGUUCUAAUGCAGUGGUUCUCAAUAUUUUCACCUAGACUAGAUCUACAUAGUCUACAACGGGACUUUAUCAGGCUGUUUCUAAAUAGGACUGAACCAUGCAUAAAGUAGUUAUAAAUGACACAGACAGCCGGAAAUUGGGAAUAAACUUGCUUACAAUUUAUACAUAUACAAGAUUUACAGAAGAGUCAUUGGCUCUUUUUACAUGCUCACCGAAAUCUGAUUUGAAAUGACGUGCACACUACAAAAAAUAGAUAAUUUUGCUGUUUACAUUUCCUUUUAAUAUGACUCCAGAAAUCUGUUAAUAAUCAGAUUUUGACUGCAUGUAACCCAUAGACUGUAUAUAUAAAUGGACAUGGAUAACCUGCUGCUGCCAUGUUCCAAAUAGGAAGUGAUCAUGGGCGCACUACAAACUCUGGCUCCGAUUCACUUUCUAUUGAAAAGCUGUGACCCCUCUCUCUGUAACUGCUGCUGUCAGGCUCGCCAUUUUGGUCUUAAAAUGUUCGUAUUAACCCGCUCUACAUGAUCCUGGUGUUUUUAUUUCACUAUUUUAUCUGUAAAUCAAUAUAUGAACAUUAAUAAUAGGCUAAUCACGCACCUUCUUUCCCCGAGGUCACUCCUGCAGCGUUAGCAACAGGUUUGAUUACAGCGUUGCUAAGUGGCCGCUUUAUGCUAAAACAACGGUGUGGGCGGGAAGGGGCGUUACCUUCAACAGCCUCACUCCGGAUUGGCCCUUUAGUUGCUAUGAUACUUGCUGUCGGAAUUCGAAAUACGGAACUUGCCUCCCAUUUUGCCCCUGUAACUGCUAGCCUCGAUGAGCGUUAUAGUUACAUCCACUUCUUUAUACAGUCUGUGAUGUAACUGCAGCCAGUGUACCACCAAAAGAAGCUCACAAACCACCAUUUGAGAACCACUGUUAUAAUGGUAUUCCUGCAAUUUGGGUUAAUCCAGUCUUACUAUGAGAU